UACGAGAAUUGUGUCGAACCAAGUGGUGCAAAAAUUGUUCAAAAAAUUACCUUGCGUCACUUGUAUUUAUGAUAAAUUUACAUUUUCAAAAUGAGAAUGUCACGUGCAAAACUCUAUCUUUUCUGGUGUGGCGAAGUAUUGAACGAUCACUGUGCAUAUUCUUGCUUCUCUUCCCCAAGGUCUUCAAAAACGUAAAAAAUGGCAUCGACAGUACCCAAAUUCCUCGAGGAUUUUGCUUUGGAUACAAGUAUUGAUGCUCGAAACGACAUGCUUAAGAGGCUUGUUCCUGGAUCCGAAGAUGCUUUUUACUACGAGGCACUCGUCCUAUUGCAAAGGCUCGAGGCUAUCCUGCAACAGAAGAAAAUUGAUCUUGAAAAACUUCCAGUUGAGCUUAGUCAGGAAGAAAUUGCAAUUUUUGAGCAGGUUAAAGGGAAAAUCACCGAGUCUUCGUCCAGAAAUCGCGACGAAGUGGAGUCUAAGCUGAAAAUGCGGUUUUACCUUCUGAGCUAUCCCAUCGAUCCAGCCGCAAGCUGUAAAUACUUAAUGCAACAGCAUGGGAUUGAUCCCUUAACUUUCAGCCGUAACCAGGAAGUAAUCUCGGGUGACUCCUCUUUGGAAGAAGCCAACAGCAGCGACACCCGACACCCAUCGGCAUUGGAUCCAAACUUCUUCAGUGAAAGCAGGUUAACUGAACUGUUUCAGACUGAAUAUUUGGACCGUUUACGUAACUCGUCAAAUCCCUUUGAACCCAUCGCUAUACCCUUUCUUUACAAUAUACCUGUACAAUCCGUUUAUGACGACUAUCUCGUUAUUCGGUGCAUCCUUAAGAGCGCUAGUAACGCCCCCAUAAAGCUUCCAGGUUUUGUGAAACGGCUUGCCAAAGCUAUCGCGACGCGUUUCAGCCAGAAAAAGCAAGAUGUUCAAAUGUAUGACCGACUAGACCUAAAGGGAUUGACGCUAAUGCAGCUGUCGGAACUAGCGGAAGAGAUACCCGCUAUACUGAGCGACAUGAACUUUGUAGUGCUUUACUUAACAAAGCUACAGCCAGCGACGGACCAAUUUGCGAAUGGCACCACUGAUCAAUUUAUACCAGAUGAUGUCGUGAAAGACUAUCUCGAUAAGGCUCUUGAAUUUUUGUCCAAAGUACCUUCUGGAGCGGAGAAAUGGAAGCGCAUGGCCUUGCACAAGCAGCUGGUGAUGAACUUGUAUCAUGAAAACUAUGAUUCCGACAGGUUCCAGGAGUAUCUUCGACUUCCGCGACAAAGAAAAUCAAGCUCAAUAUUCGAUGGAAAGUUUGGAUAUGACAGAACGGAGGAAUCCGUUGAUUAUUUCUUAGGUGCUCGCGAUCAUGAAAAGCUUUUUUUGCUUGAUGCACCUGAAGUGAGCGAAACUGCCCUCAUUUCAGAAUAUUUGAAACUUUUGUUCGUUUUAGGGGAACCUGUUAAGACGUUUUAUGGUAUCCUCGAUAGUCAGUCUUAUUUGGACCCCUUGUAUGCGGAAACCAUGUUUACCGCCGGAAUAAUGACGGCGAACGAAUGCAUUAGCAUCCUGGGCCAGUCAAAAUUCGAGUCCUUCGUAGAGAGGCAGGACUUUGAAUUCACUUUGAAAUCCAAAAGAUCAAAGAUUUGGUAUCCAGAUGAACCGGUUACUAUGAGCUUGCGACUGAAAAAUGUUCAAGACGUCAGCAUCAGGGUAUUCAGGAUCAACAUGUAUAAUUAUUACAGGGAGAAUCCCAAGCUGCAGACGGUCGAUCCCAACAUCGACCUCGACGGUUUAACGCCUAUAUGGGAAUCGUACAAAAGUAACAUUACCGGCGAUCCAAAGGAGGUACAUGAAGCCUCCUUCACAUUUGGCGGCGAGAAUGGCCUUGCUUGCAAAGAACUUACGGGACGCGGUCUCUGGGUGAUUGAUUUUAUCAGCGGAAGGAAGAGUUGCCGUGCUCUCAUUCAAAAGGGCUUUGUCAACUGCAUUGUUAGACCAACUGUUUCUGGACAGCUUUUGACCAUUACUGAUGAGCAGAACAAAAGGAUAACAUCCGGUUAUACUGUGUGGUUGAAAGGAAAGGAAUAUGAGUCUGAUUCAUCCAGUAAUAUUGCACUACCAUUUACUGAGAGCCAGGAGAGCAAUCCUCUUCUCAUCAAGUUAGAAAACUAUGCUCAAGUCGUCGAUUACCAAAGUGUAAACGAAGAUUACAAGUUUGACGCAUCAUUUUAUGUCAACCACGAAAGCCUUCAAAAAGAAAACACCGCAUCGGUGACCGUUAUUCCAUUCUUGAACGUUGGCGAUCAGCGCGCUCCUUUGUCUUUAAUAGAAGACAUGGUAUUAAGCGUGAUGUCGAAGGACAAGUCAGGUAUUGAGAGUACUUACAAGUUGGCAGAUGUACAUUUCACGGACAACAAGCCAUAUACUGGUCAAUUCCGCGUUCCUCCGGAUCUUCAACGUCUUCAAUUUAAUCUCGAAGGAAAGAUCAAGCGAUGUUCUGGUGGAGAAAAGUAUCAACAGGUUAAUGCUACUCAUGCCAUAAACAUCGAUAGAAGCGACCAUGAAUGCAUAUCUGUCUAUGCACGCUCAGACGAAAGUGGAUAUACUCUCAAUGUGACAGGAAAGAAUGGCGAACCAAGACGCCGGUAUACACUUUCUGUUGAGCUGAAGCAUAAGUUCAUUACAUCCACCAUUCCGAUUUCCUUCACCACGAAUGAAAAUGGAGAAGUUAAACUCGGUCAACUAUCCAACAUUACACGAAUUCGCAUCCCUAAACUUCGUCAAGACAUUCAAGUGAAGGUUGAUGAGCAGAUCAACUUUUGGCCUGCUUCCGUCUUUGAAAGUGAAGGCAAUAAUAUUAGACUACCUUUCUAUUCCGGGGAAGACUACAUUCUCUCGCUGGGAAAAAGUGGUGUCGACUCAUCUCUGUUAGCUGACUGCUCUGACAAGAUGACUGUCUAUACCGGUUUUAUUCAAAUACAGGACUUAACGCCUGGCAAGUACCAUCUACGGUGUGUGAUGACCAACACCACUGUCAAUGUGUCACUUUACAUUAUCGCAGGUGGCAAAGAAACACCCAAAGAUGCAUUGUGGACAAAUCUCACAUUAGGACACAGGUGGAUUGCAGAGAGUCCGGGAGAAAUGGUUAGAACUCCCCUAUCUAUUCACGACAUAAUCGUUGAUGAUCAGACUAUCACUGUAAAGCUGCAAAAUUUCUCAAGCAAGACUUAUGCCAUCGUUUCCGGAACCAGCACGCUAAGUCAUCGCACUCCUCAAGAAAAUUACGUGCCAAAAAGAACACAGAAGCGUCAUUUUCUACGCAGUAUUGGUGAAUGCCAAAAUAACACCUUGUUUGUCAGUGGCCGAAAGCUCAGUGAGGAGUAUCAAUAUAUUUUGGAAAGAUCAAGAUUCAAUAAGUGGACAAGCACCACCCUUCAAAAUCCUUCGCUAUUACUGAAACGCCAAAAGCAAUCCGACACAACGGUCACGAACAAGAAACUCAAAACUGCUGUUGAUUUCCAAUCUGCACCAAGAGGACGUUCAUUUAAGGGGAUCGACCGUGUCCUCAUGCGAGGCGAACAAUUAAUGUCCUUGAAUUCAUCUACUUUUUGGGAUGCUGUCCCUGAGUAUGAUUUCCUCAAAAUUGUAAAUCUCGAGACGCAAGUGGUCAAGCCUGAUGCGAACGGCAAGAUAGUAAUUGACAGACAAUCCGUCGGCACGUCCAAUUAUCUGAGCAUUCUUGUCAUUUCAGGAGAUCAAGCGGUUGCGCGAGACGUCAAGCUGCAAUGUCAAACCCAACUUUCUACUAUUGAUCUCAGACAUUUUGCUCCAGUGGAUCCUGGAAAGGCUAUCGUAAGAGCAAGAGAGGUAACAUUACUAGCGGCAGCUGAUGCUCCAAACGAAGUCUGCGUAGACCAAGACCGAGAGGUCAUCGACAGCAUUGAGAAGCUUUACUCCAUCUACAAAACCCUCAAUAGCUCUGAGGAACUAGAGAAAUUUAGCUUUCUAAACACAUGGGAGUCGCUGAGCAAGGACCAAAAACUGGAACUUUUUGAUGAGCAUGCAUGUCAUGAACUAAACUUUUGGCUCAUGCACAAAGAUCAAGAUUUCUUCAAUGAAGUCGUCAAAAUAGCUCUACAGAGCAAGCUCGAAAAAACCUUUUUGGAUCUGUACAUGCUAAAUUCUGAUCUGGAAUCUUUCGCAAAUGACUUGCAUCAGUUCGAGACUCUCAACGUUUUUGAGAAGGUGCUUCUGGCCAAACAAGUUCCUGCUAUUCACGAUACAGUGCGCAAAUUGAUCCUGGAAGAUAUUGAAAUUUCACCUCCAGAAACGUCCAUUUUGCAACACCAAUUCGAUACUGUGUUAGCUGGCACAAGUAUGAGUUUGCAAAGAGGACCGCAUAUGGAUAUGGCAAUGUCCGCACCACUGCCAUCGUCGUCGCCGCCACCACCAUCAUCAAUAGCAGCACAGAUGUUUUCAGAUCAAGUUCAGGAAGGGAGCGUAGCUGAUGAUAGCCAUGAUGAAGAUGAUAUGGAUGGCGAUGACGAGGAAGAAAAAGCCUUGAUGGAAAUGAGGAAAACUGUUCAGAAAUCACAUACCUACCAGUACAAGGAUCGAACAAGAGAAUACCGAGAAACAAAUUACUUGAAUCAGUACGUUUCAAUAUCUAUCAAUGCAUUCUGGUUAGAUUACUUGAUGCAUGAGAACAAUUCUCCUUUCUUAUCGCAGCACUUUGCACAAGCAACUGGUUCCUUCACAGAACAAGUUUUUGCUCUAGCAGUGCUUGACCUGCCAUACAAAAAUCAUGCCGUAAUUUCAUCCAACUUUGUACCUGAAGAGAACAAGGUGAAAAUUAGUGCUACUACACCUGCACUAGUGUUCCAUCGCAACUUGAAGCUUUAUGAAGUGGCUUCCAAUCAAGAAAAGUUAUUGGUUGUUCAGAAUAUCUUCAAUACCUUAGAAUAUGACCAACUUGGCACAAUACAAGUCAUUCCUAAUCACGAUAUGAGAAAAUUUGUAGAAUAUGGAAUGCACAUAGUGAUUAGCAAUAUGACGGCUGAGACUUACGUGAUUGAAGUAUCAUUCCAAAUACCCAUCGGUUCCUUCCCAACCAGGAAGAGCAGAUACCUGGAUGCUACCACCAUCCGCAUUGAGCCCUAUACAACAUGGCAGAAGGCAACUAGCUUCUUCUACUUCCCAGAGGAUGGCGAUUAUACCAAUGUGCCCAUUUCGGUUACAGUGAAUGGAGAGCUGGUUGCAAGGUCCAAGCUUACAGACAUCGUCGUCAAGCAGUCCAUUGUAGAGGGUGGUAUAAAAGACUGGCAAUCAAUUGCAUCUCAUGGAACAAUUACUGAAGUCAUUGAAUACCUCAAGGCUACCAAUCUGAUGAAGACUGAUAUCAAUCUCAUUACCCAAAGAAUGAGCAACUCGGCGUUUGCAAGCAGCGUUAUCAACGUUCUCAGAGAUCGGAAAUACUAUAAUUAUGAUUUGUGGAUUUAUGGCGUCCGACACAAUUUACCUAUAGCUAUCCGAGAUUUCCUCAAAAUGGAGCAGCAACAGCUUGAAAAAGUUGGCAAGUACUUCACAUCGGCACUGGUUGAUUUACCAAAGACAUCGUUUAAAUAUUUCCAAAUCUUGGACUACGAUCCAAUUGUCAAGGCCAGAGCGCACUCUGUUGGAAGUGAUAAAUUCAUUCUCAAUCACGCUUUUUACCAGCAGUAUGUCAGUUUCCUAGAAUAUUUAUCUCAGAAACGAGAACAUGAUGUCGAAGACUUGUUGUGCCUGGGCAUCUAUUUGGUAUAUCAAGAGCGAUUGGCAGAAGCUCGAAAAGUCCAUACAAGAAUUAAAAAUGCACUUCAAGAAGGGCAUGCUCUGUCCAUUCCUGUUCAGAGCGACUAUUUGGACGCCUUCCUUAGUCUCAGGGUCCCAUGUGAUGCAUUCGACAGCUACGAACAAACCAUCGAAUCCACAAGAGAUCUAGCAAUCAAGUACAAGAAUUAUCCACUCCUUACUUGGCGCCGAAGGUUUGAGGAUAUAGUCAACAUUUACAACGAAGUGGACGGUACCUCAGCCAGCUUCGAUGAAGAAGAUACGCAGCUGACUGUAGAGCAAUUGAAUGUUAAAGAGCUAAGCCGUGGUCCUUCACUGGACUUGAAUGUGACAGAUACGCACGCAGUCGUCUCAUGUGCCAAUAUCAGGACCAUGAGGCUCAAGAUAUAUGCUUUAAAUAUUGAAAUGCUCUUCUCAACCAAUCCGUUUAUUAGCAAGAACUCUUCUGGUAAUUACUCGUUGGUCGCAGCCAACUACGACCACGAGUAUAACGUUGAACAAUGCCUCCAAGAGUCUUCUACUGAUAACGUUCAUUCUCGAGCUGCUGCUGAUGAAUUUGAAUUGAUUGGCAAAUCUAAACCUGGCGUAAAUUCCAUCAAGCUUGACAUACCAGUUGAACUCCAGAACAAAAAUAUCCUGGUUGAAGUGCAAGGCGGUGGAAUUAUCCAAUCUAGUGCACACUUCUCGAAUGCUCUGAAUGUUCAAGUCGUGGAAAACAGCGGAUUGAUACGUGUACUUUCCAACAAAAAUGGACGGCCUAAUGUUGGAACUUACGUCAAAGUAUACGUCAAAUUGCUCUCUGGUAAUGUUCACUUUUGGAAAGACGGCUACACGGCUAUUAAUGGCAUUUUCGAUUAUGUUUCUGUAACGGAAGACAAUGCCUUGCUGGGAACUGACGCAUCUUCGCUGAAGUCCAUCAUGAAAAAAGUUCAGAAAAUUUCAAUCCUUGUACUUAGCUCAGAUGCUGGUGGUUUGAUCAGAGUUGUUGAACCGCCAAAGUAAUUGGAAGAUGACCUGCAACCGUGCGCAGACUGGCACAAGAGAUUUCCAGGCAAUUUUUUGGUACUCCGUAGUGUUCAAAUAAAAAAUAUCGAUUUGAAAACCGUCAAGCAGGAAACCGCACGUUGUUCAAUUUGUAAUGAUAGAAAAACUAGAAACGCUAAUCGAGAACAAGUACAAUACUGCUUUGCAGAAUGGAAGUCUCUUCUUUUUCGAAACAGAAACAGAAACAAAAACGCAAGAUGGAAUCGAGGUACAACGCGAUUUUUUGAAUCUUGUAUAAUUCCACGUACCUUUGGAAACUCACUGAAUG